AUGAAUGAUCUCAUCACAGUAAUACGAAGGAUAUAUCGAUCGUCACAUUCCUAUCCGUACCCUCGAACACACUCAAUUGUUGUUCUACCAUCGGAUCGUUCUCCGUCAAAUGAGCACUUGGACCAAGCAAUGCCGCCGACCAAUAGCAAGCCGACGCGAAGACCUCCACUGAAUCGUGCCAUACCAACGAUACCCGAGUCGAAAUCAAACGAAUCCAUUACAACACAAGCAUCUGAACGACGUGACGACUCGUAUCGAGCCGCCAUUCCGAAGUCGUCUUCAGAUCAGUCAACCUCACGCAAACAACCCACCUCAUCCACGAAUCGAAUUGAUUCAAAAUUGGAACACCAAUCGACGGAUGAUCGUUCGAUAGUAAUCGAGAACAAGCUCGCUCAGAAUUUAGCCACCAAAAAGGCCACUUCCAUGACCGCAGCCUCGAUACGCAAGAGCGAUUCUAGCAGUAGCGGAGCGCCGAGAAGUCCACUGAUGAGUGUUGCACAUUCGGUGCGUAAUCGACUCACGAAACUCAGCAAUCGUUUCAAUCGCCAAGACACUAAUCGAAGCAUUCGAUCAAGCUAUAGCUUAUCAAGUAUGCGACAGAGAUUGUCCGAUAAUGACGUGCAAGCUGGCGUUGCUGGCCAAGCCAAGAAAGGCACUCGACUUGAAUCGGGUCUGUUCAAGAAAUCGGCCAGCAUGGAAACUCGACCAACACCCAACUCCACAAGCUCUGACUCAAUUAAAUCCUCAAUUCCGGUUCCCGUUUGCACAGUUGCCACAACAAAUUCAUUGCCCACUUCGAACAGCAGCCAUAAAAUUCGCUCGAAAGAUGAUGCCACAAAAAUGUCGUCGAGAGCAAACAAAAGCGCAGACUCGAAGGGUUCUGAAUGCAAAAAGCAACGUGCAGUCGUCGUGAACGCUUCACUGCCACAGUCAAAAGAGUCGAAAAACGCAUCAACCGAUGCAAAAACUGAAGAAAAGCUUUCAAAUGAUCAACCGCAAGUAUGCGAUAGCAUUUCACCAACCGCAGAAAUCACCCCUUUAAUUCAACCCAAACCCAUCCAUUCAAAGAAUCCGCCUGUCACUGCAGCAACAAUCCGCAAUCCAACUCAAUCGUCUACAUCAACACAACCAAAAAAUCGAAUAAACCCACAAACCACAUCAUCUCGUUGCGCUUCUAAAGUCAGCGCUACAAUCAGUGGGAAAAAUCCGAGCAAAAUAAAACAGUGGAGAAUGAAGGCAACCGCCGCUGAAAAAUCAUCGAGAAUAGAAUCCGCUGACAAUGGAAAACCACCACCAACAACAACGAAAUCUCAACGUAAAGCACCGGAAGAUUUGAAAAAUGAAGCAAGUCUUGUCAAAAAAGUGGAACGUUCAUUCAUUCCGCUUAUUUCAUCAACUCACAAACGUGCCGCCGAUCGUCAUUCUAGUCGCCGCUCACCAUUUAUACCGACAUCGCAAUCUCUGGCGGCUCCACUGGCUGAAUGUGAAUCGUUUCGAGUCGGAAACUCGCCUGCUGUUGAGAUGCCUCCGACGAGUUUCGAUCGAGCGACGGCAACAACAACAAAUAGUCCUGGUCAGAAACGUAAAUUGCUGUCGCUGGCAAAAAGACUUGAAAAUGGUCCUGCAACGAUUCCUGAAGAAACAGCAGCGGUCGUAUCCACCAACAAAGAUGUCAACUCCAAUCCGACAACGAUUCGUCAAGAACGAACAGAUUUGAACGGUAACGUUGAGGUUACGGCAGCACAAACUAUCAUAAGCGAGCACUCACAAACGAGUAAUAACUCGAACCACAAUGACGGUUGGGCCAUAACAAGUCCAGCUGCAUCAAGCGCUGAAACGAAUCGUGGACUGAUUGACGACGAAAUCAAAGAUCAACCGCUACUAAUUGGUGGUGAAUUUGGUGUGGUCGAUGAGCAUUUAACAACAUCGUCUAGUUGGCGGAAUCAAACGGAGAUGUGUGAUCGAGUGCAUACGGAUGCUGUUCCAAAGGCAUCACAAACGAGUCCAGUGCACAUGAUUAGCUCGUUGAAUAUGGCAUCGUCUGGGUAUAUGACUUCAUCAGGAAUACUCAACUCACCAAUCAAUGACGCAAGCUCUCAUUCUGAAGUGGAUUCUGUUGAUGAGCAGCUCUCAAAUCUAACCAUAUGCAAUGGGUUGGUCUCGUCCACUUCUUGCGAUCGCGCAUGCGCAUCUUAUUGA